AUGGAUCCACACGCCCAAGUCCAAGGAGAGUUCAACCAGUAUUCAGAACAACGGAACCAAGAACAACUACUAGAUCAGGUCGUCAACAGAAACAACUUCGGCAUCGUAUACGUCCCCCACGCAAACCUCUUUUCGUCGUCUUCUUCCACAGAACCUGCUUCCGUCAUCCCUGUGACCACCAUUACCGAUGCUCCUAUCGCUGGCGCACCCAUGGUUGCCACUGCGAUUCCUACUGGUGACAUUUCUGCAGCUGCCGUCGUGCCGCCCGGACAGAUCCCUGAUACAUCAGGAGGAGACUGUUUUGGAUAG